AUGGAAAUGCUCAUACUCUACUCGCCAGAUAUUCCGUGCGAUGAGAGCGGACAGCGGAUGUGGUGGGCGUUCCUUAUCGCAUCCUUGGUCACUUUCUUUGGAGGUCUCUUCAUCAUACUGUUAGGGAGAACUCUCAGAUAUAUAUGGUCCGUUUGCUGCGAAUGCGGUGGCAAGUCAAAGGAACCCCAGCAUGUCAGUGACCCCACUGAGGCCACUGACUGUCCAGGCGAGGGAAAGGGGGAGGAGAAUGUGGAGCUCACAGUUGACUGGACGACCUCAGUGAAAGAUUGGGCUGGGGUCAUGAUCUGCGCACAGAACACGACCGGGCGCAUGCUUGUGGUACUAGUGUUCAUCCUCAGCAUCGGAGGACUGAUCAUUUACUUCAUCAACUCCUCAGAUCCUAUAGAAUCCUGCCCAAACUUCAGCACUGACUACACCUUGCAGGUCGACAUGGUGUUCAACAUCUUCUUCCUGCUGUACUUCGGCCUGCGUUUCAUCGCAGCUAAUGAUAAGCUAAAGUUCUGGCUGGAGGUGAAUUCAAUUGUGGACUUCUUUACUGUGCCACCAAUAUUUGUGUCUAUGUACCUUAACAGGAGUUGGCUGGGAAUGCGUUUUUUAAGGGCAUUAAGAUUGAUACAGAUCUCGGAAAUCUUACAGUUUUUAAAUGUUGUAAAAACUAGGGAUUCCAUAAAGUUGGUGAACUUGUGCUCAAUCUUCAUAAGCACAUGGCUAACAGGGGCAGGCUUUAUACACUUGGUGGAAAACUCGGGGGAUCCUUGGAAAAACUUCGAAAAUUCCCAGUCACUUAGCUAUGGGGAAUGUCUGUAUCUGCUCAUGGUAACCAUGUCCAUGGUGGGAUAUGGCGAUAUUUAUGCUAAAACGGACCUUGGACGCAUAUUCAUGGUGUUUUUCAUCCUCGGUGGUUUGGCCAUGUUUGCUCGCUACGUGCCAGAAAUCGCUGCUAUCCUCCUAAAUCGGCAGAAAUAUGGAGGGACUUAUAACAUGACCCCAGGCAGAAAACAUAUUGUUGUGUGUGGUAAUAUAAAUCUGGAAAGUGUUUCCAACUUCCUGAAAGACUUCCUUCAUGAGGACAGGGAUGAUGUUAAUGUAGAAAUUGUUUUUCUCCAUCAUAUUGAACCUAAUCUUGAGCUGGAAGCUUUACUCAAACGCCACUUCACUCAAGUGGUAUUCUUCCAGGGUUCCGUUCUAAAUCCCUACGAUCUCACUCGAGUCAAGAUUGAACUAGCAGAUGCCUGUUUCAUUAUAGCUAAUAAAUACUCUUCAGACCCUGAUGCAGAGGAUGCGUGCAAUAUCAUGAGAGUGAUAUCCAUUAAGAACUACAAUUCAAACAUACGUAUCAUCACCCAGAUGCUACAGUAUCACAAUAAGGCUCACCUGCUGAACAUCCCCAGCUGGAACUGGAGGGAGGGUGAUGAUGCGAUCUGCCUGGCUGAGCUGAAGCUGGGCUUUAUUGCCCAGAGCUGCCUGGCCCAAGGCCUCUCUACCAUGCUGGCCAACCUCUUCUCCAUGAGGUCCUCCAUUCAGAUUGAAGAGGAGAUAUGGCAGAAGUAUUACUUGGAAGGAGUAUCUCAAGAAAUGUACACAGAUUACUUGUCUAGUUCUUUCAUGGGUUUAUCAUUCCCCGAGGUUUGUGAGCUGUGCUUUGUGAAAUUAAAUCUCUUGCUGAUAGCCAUUGAGUUCAAGUGUGAUCAGAGAAAUGCCAAUAUGAUGGUCAAUCCAGGGAAAAAUGUUAAGUUGCAAGACAAAACAUUGGGGAUCUUCAUUGCUGGUGAUGCCAAAGAAGUGAAGAGGGCCUCAGUGUACUGUAAGGCUUGCCAUGACAAUAUCCAAGACCCCAAACUGAUCAAGAAGUGUGGAUGCAAGAGAAUAAUGUGGACUGAAGACGAGAUUGAAUCUAUUUUGUCAUCUAUGAAAAAACAGCAGAAUGAAGGAAUGAGGGAUUCAACCUACCCUUUUCCACAAAUCUCAAGACAUAAACCUUUGCUGGCCCCCAGAACACCAAUGAACAUGAUGGAUGACAAUAUGAAGAAGUUUGACUUCACAGGAAUGUUCCACUGGUGCCCCCCCAGAGACAUUGAGAAGGCCGUACUGACCCGAAGUGAAGCAUUGAUGACGGUUGUGAGCGGCCAUGUGGUGGUGUGCAUCUUUGGUGAUGUGAAUUCGGCUGUGAUGGGCCUGAGAAACUUGGUGAUGCCUCUCAGAGCCAGUAACUUCCACUAUCAUGAGCUGAAGCCUAUCAUCUUCGUGGGUUCACUGGACUACAUAAGGAAGGAGUGGGACACACUCAGCAACUUCCCCAAAGUCUCCAUCUUACCCGGCUCUCCUCUGAGCAGAGCGAAUCUGAGGGCUGUGAACAUCAACCUGUGUGAUAUGUGCGUCAUCAUCUCAGGCAAUCAGAAUCUUGAAGAUGAUGUGUCAAUGCAGGAUAAGGAAAGCAUCUUGGCCUCACUCAACAUCCAAUCUAUGCAAUUUGAAGACACCAUAGGCCUUUUCACCAACUCACAUGGUAAAGCAGACAGACUGCAGAACUCAAUGUGUGUGAUACAGGACAGGAGAUGUGGAAGCUCAAUCCCUAUGAUUACUGAGCUUGUGAAUGAUGGUAAUGUACAGUACCUGGACCAAGAUGAUGAAGACGACCCAGAAAAUGAGCUGUACCUCACACAGCCCUUUGCAUGUGGGACAGCAUUUGCUGUUAGUGUACUCGACUCUUUAAUGAGUGCUACAUACUUCAAUGAUAACAUUCUGACAUUGAUCCGGACGCUGGUCACAGGUGGAUCCACUCCGGAACUGGAGAGUUUGUUGGCGGAGGAGAACAUCCUGCGGGGGGGCUACAGCACCCCUGAAACAUUGGUCAAGAGGGACAGGUGCCGUGUGACCCAGAUGACCCUGUGUGAAGGACCGUUUGCUGAACUCGGGGAAGGAGGUUUAUAUGGUGACUUAUUCUGCAAGGCAAUAAAAAUGUACAACAUGCUGUGUUUUGGAAUAUACCGACUACUGGACAUGCCCCGGACCACUGAGACUGAGUGUACGAAGCGGUUUGUAAUCACCAACCCUCCUUAUGAAUUAGAGCUGAUACCUACAGACAAGGUCUUCUGCCUGAUGCAGUUUGACUCUACUGGGGGCCAGUCGUACACCACGCUGUCCCACUCCUCGAACAAAAAGAACUCGUAGGACAUGCAGAAUGCAACCAGGAUAAGCAGAGUGGAAACAGAAAAGACUCGGUACACAGAUGAAGCAGAGAAUUGUCUCUCAAGAAAAACACCAAUCAGACCCACCAAACCAACACACCGCUCACACAAACAGUCUGGCCAUGCAGUGCAAACCUACAACCACUCCUAUCCCUCCAAUCAGAGAGAAAGAAGAAGGGAGCUGGGGGUAAAUCAUGUGCCUUGCUGGCACAGUCCAGAUGCAUCUAUCAGGCAACUUUGACUAUGAUAUGCCAAAUGUAAGUGGAUCAUAGCAGUCAACAAACAUAUUUACAUGUUUUAUUUUAGCUACAUUUUGCCCACGCAGUAAAUAACAUAGUGGUAUUUGAACAGGGUUAGUAUAUGAAUAUAUUAAAAAUGUUUAAUUUAUCAUAUAUUUGUAGUCACACUGUAGAUGAGAGCAGACAAUCAUAGCACUUCACUUCACUAGACCAGUUUGAGUUUUAUGUGUAAACUAUGGCUAAGGGGCCAGAAUGUCUUAAUUUAAGAGAACAGAGAUAAAUGCAAAAACAGGUGAGAGCUGGGAGAUCUCAGAAUGGGGGAAAAGGUAAUCAGAGAACUUGGCCUUAAAUGUAAUAGAAUAGAAUAAAAUAUAAAAUAAACAUAAUUCUACUCGGAGGAACUAAAGUCAGUAACCAUGAAUGCUGACUUGCAUCUGUGAUGUACUUCUUAACAGAAUAUAAACCACUUGUUUUUUAGACUUAUUAUCAACAGCAAAAAUAAUCCUAAUUUAUCAUUUUCAAUAUAUUUUUAUUUAAAACUUUAGUUUCUAAAUCAUAAAAUGCUUUACAUAAAAUUAUUUAUAUUCAUUACCCUUAAUGAUUGAGCUCUCUGGGCUGACUGGCAUGAAUUUGAUGCCACGUAUUGCAGAGUGGGCAUGUAUAGGUCUUUGUUUGGUCAGAACCUCCAGGUAGACAUGAGUUGAGAUGAGUGAGAUGAGUGAGAUGAGUUUGGAUGUUCUUCAUGAGUGAACUAUAUGAAAAUCAUCUCAUCUGUCCAGGAAUUAGUGACCACAAUUACAGCUCAAUCAUUGAUGACAUAAAUGUGGUUUGGCAGAGUUCUUUUACAGCUUCAGGAUCUUCCAUGAUAUGUCUGAUUUCAUUCAUUUUAAAUUACAUCUUUAAUCUGUAUUUCUUGAUAAAUGUCGUUUCUUUUGGUAAUUUGCUUACACUCAAAUGUUCAAAGCAGCUUGAAUAAAUAUUGUUUAAAGAUCAAUUAAUUAUCCAUAACCACUGUAUUUAAAUGAUUGCUUAUUGAUUAAAAAGCUAACAUUUUAUGUCCUGUUAAGUAGCAUAUGUGAAGCUUUAAUCAUAGACCUCAUAUAGUUUAUUGUCUGUGCCUUCCACAUUAUAUUUGAAACAUUAAUUUCACUUUUAAUAAAGCUGUUGACUAUGCAGUAUACUGCACCACUUUGUUUAAUUUCCAGUGUCAGUAUAGGCUGUUCUGAAAUCAGCUGUCUUUGCCUAACAUUUUAUCUUGGAAGUGGCACCCACUAAACACUCAGUUAACAGGUCAGCCGUUGCGAUCAUUCCAUACAGCUACAGCAUACGUUUUCGAAAAUAAAAGAAGUGCAAAGUGAUCAACAACCUGGCUGAGAAAAUCCGUAUGGUUAAGUAUAAUUUUACCUGGCAAUACAUGUCAUUUUGACUGCUUCAUCGUGUUUUUUCCCCCCAUGUGUACAUUACAUUAGGUUCACCCACCAGUCAAAUAAAUUAGUUUUACGAGUAUAUAAAUAAAUAAAUACAUUUUAACAGCUGGAUUAAAAAUGUAGUCCACCCCCCAAAAAACUAUUUUGUUUGUUGUGUGAAAAGACUAUAUUAAAACUGCAAUAGAGAGGUUGCUUAGUUGUUUUUAAUCAUUAGAUACAAUUAUAAUUUUUCAUGUACAAUUUGUUUGCAAAUAUUAUGUACAUGAUUGAAGUUUGGGUUUUCUGAGAAUAAA